AUGAAGGAGCAUGAGAAGCGCCAAAGGGCCGCCGGAGGAAGACCAAAGGGGCAAGAUUCGUAUCCAGUUCGAAUCACUGCCCUUGUGGUCUCUUCUGUGGAGUACGAAUUGGACCCAAAAGCAGGGCCUGAUGCUGCUCGGCGCUGCAGAGAGCCGGGAGGGGAGACACAUAAAAAACCCAGUCCGGGAGCUUUCUACCCCGCUCCAUUAGCUGCCGCCUUUCUGUCCCCAGAUUCCGAAGAUGUUUCUUCCAGCGACAGAAAGAUGUCAAAAUCCUCCUUAAACCAGAGCAAGAAGCGGAAGAAGAGACGGCACAGGACAAUCUUUACAUCUUAUCAACUAGAAGAACUGGAAAAAGCAUUUAAUGAGGCCCAUUAUCCUGAUGUGUAUGCAAGAGAGAUGUUGGCUAUGAAGACAGAGCUUCCUGAAGACAGGAUACAGGUUUGGUUUCAGAAUCGAAGGGCCAAAUGGCGCAAGAGGGAGAAGUGUUGGGGAAGGAGCAGUGUGAUGGCAGAAUAUGGGCUCUAUGGUGCAAUGGUGCGUCACUCAAUCCCACUGCCAGAAUCCAUCCUAAAAUCAGCCAAAGAUGGCAUAAUGGAGUCCUGCGCUCCGUGGCUGUUGGUUCAAGAUGGCUUUCCCAUGCCCAGGCGCUUUUCUAAACCCGAAUACCAACAAUUCUUUUUAGGGAUGCACAAAAAAUCUCUGGAGGCAGCAGCUGAGGCAGGAAGGAAGCCGGAGGUGGAACGCCAGGCCCUGCCCAAGCUUGACAAGAGUGACAAGGAAGAAAGAGGUGCAGAUUCCAAAACAACCAUUUCCCAGGAGGAACUGAGAGAGAACAGCAUUGCCGCUCUCAGGGCCAAAGCUCAGGAGCAUAGCACCAAAGUCCUGGGAACCAUACCUGGAGAUCCUCCUAUUCCAGUCAGGAAGCCAGAGAAAGAGGAAGAGGCAGCCACCGCAGAGGAUGAACGGCAAAUGGAAAAAUCAGAUUUAUCGCAAGAUGAAGAGAAGCUGGUUUAGAAAGAAGGGGAUGAUGGGAAAUCAUCCAUCUUCUCAAAAACUGACUCCUCUAGGAGCUACAGCCUUCUCUCAAAUUGACAGAGUCCCUCCUGCGGCUCCUGCACUCAAGGAGGAAGGCCCCACUUGGUCUCUGUACAUUUCAAGAGGCCACAGGCUAAGGCCAUGUUCUGCUGGGUGUAUCUAGAGACGGAUUCUUUGUAACUGUGUCCUCAGGAGCACUAUCACUCUACCAUCUCACCCUAUUUCAAGUAGGUGUGAGGGUUUAUGUAUCAUCACAGUCAUAGUCUAACAGGAAAAUACAACUAGCUAGGACUUUUUUCUCAACACCAGCCACUAAACCAAUGGGUCUUUCCUCUCUUUCCCUCUCAUGGAGUUUCUGUUGUUCAAUUCUUACCCUCAGGAGCCUUUUCUGCCAUCUUGCAGUACUUUAUAGUCACAGUCUUUCUCUUUGUUUCAGUCAUGUUGCCAGCUUUUCCAGAGAAGAAUUGCCCUUUCUUUAUACAGUAUUUAUAUGUUCAUUAAUGUAAAUAUAUACAUGUUUUAAACUGCUCAUUGCCUAGCAUUGGGACAAAGUUUAAAACAAAAAAAUAAAGCCACUCUCUUCUCCAAACUUCAGGCCAUAAUUAAAAAUUGGUCAAGUGAAACCCUACCUCAUAGUGAGUCUCUCCCUCUCUGCAAUAUCAAAUUUGACAGAAAAAUCAGUCCAGGCAAUUCAUACAGUAUCAUGUGAAUCUUCCCUGCAGUGAAUUUGGUUCAAUAUGCACCCAGACUGCAGCACCCCAAAAUCCUGACUUCAGGUAGUUUUAUCAUUUUCCUCUGUAGCCCAGAUUACUUCAGUGGAAAAUAUAUGGAAAUUGUUUCAUAUAACACUGUGUUGAUUUUAAUGGUAUUUCUUUCUCAAGGUACCCCUGGAUUUUUAUGAAAUGGGAAAGGAGUACUUAAAUUUUAGGGGAAUGGAGAUGUACCAUGGCUCUUUGGGACUCAUAUUAUCUGAUCUGCCCUUUCAUCCUAAUCUUCGAUGUGUACAAUCUGGUAAGAUUAGUUGAUGGCAAGGGACAUGAACAUGCAUGUUUACUGUAUACCAGAGUUAUACCUGGUAUUCAAAUAACAGAAUCAUGGCUUUGGCCCAGUGAACCUUGGGAAAGAUUAAAUCUGGGUAGGUGCUCUAGAAUCUGGGAAGUAUUUCAUAGUUAUUAACUGGAAGUAAAUAGUGAAUAACAAUAAUCUCUUGAUAACCACAUCUGGGAUAGACAUACAUUUUUAACUUCUGUUUUAUGAAUCUUUGUUUAGCUUAGCAUUUGACCCUCAAAUAGACAUGUUAACUGAUUUCAUUGUAAUAUAUUGAGCAUCAGGCAAUGUGUAAGUUCCAUCAGUUCACUUUGACUUAUUCACACCUGCACAAUCCAUCCUGGUGUGGUUCUGCAGUCAUCAAAUUAUAAGGAUGCAUGUGUGAAACAGGCUCUGUGGGGCAGGUUACUUGUACGUGCUUUGUCUUUCCUAGUCAUGUGAAGCUUAACAAUUUUCUUAGCAAUGUAUGUAAACAAUUAAUGCACUUACGGACAGUUUGAUGUCCAAGAGCAAAAGGGAGCAUUCACACAACCAAUGACUCACUGACACUGACAUAUUCAUGCAGAUGGUGACAUAAUAAAUUCUCUCAGUCCCAUAGUAGCAUUGCUUUCCUAUGCUUCUGUGAAGGCCUCUGGACAGAGAGCCCCAUGUUCCCUUUCCUGUCCUUGUUUGCAAGAAGAGUUGCCUUUACCUGAAUUUGCUAUUUUAUUUGUUUAUGAUUUGUUUUUCUUGCCCUCAUCAUCCCCGUCUUAUGUCCCCCUGUUAUUUGGCGUGUUAGAUUACAGCCCAUGGUGUGUAUAUAAUGUACAUACAGUGAGAAAAUUUGGUAUUUGAGGUGUUUAAGAAACAAAGUUGUAACAUCUAGUUAUUCGAAACCUGUGAUUUUUGUGCCAUUUUCUGUAAAGAUAUAAAUCGGAAUAAAACAGAACUAAAGAUGGGCA